AUGGAUACAGCUUUACCAGUCAAAAAAGCUGUUAUUAUAAUUGGUGCAGGUAUUGCAGGACUUAAAGCUGCAUCUACACUAUAUCAAAAUGGUAUUAGAGAUUGCAUUAUCCUCGAAGCGAGAGAUCGAAUCGGUGGCAGAUUGCAAACUGUCACAGGUUACCAAGGUCGGAAAUAUGAUAUGGGUGCCAGCUGGCAUCAUGACACGUUGACAAAUCCUUUAUUUUUAGAAGAGGCUCAGUUAAGUUUGGGUGAUGGGAAGAAAAGGUUUGUUUUUGAUGAUGAUAAUUUCAUUUAUAUCGACGAAGAACGGGGAAGGGUGGAUCACGACGAGAAAUUACUUCUAGAGAUUAUAGACAAUGAAAUGAGCAAAUUCGCAGAAUUAGAAUUCCACCAAAAGUUAGGAGUUGUAGAUUGCUCUUUUUUCCAUUUGGUAAUGAAAUACUUAUUAGAAAGACGCCAAUUUCUUACGAAUGACCAAAUAAGAUACUUCCCUCAACUUUGUCGAUAUCUGGAGUUGUGGCACGGAUUAGACUGGAAGCUUUUGAGCGCCAAGGACACAUAUUUCGGCCACCAAGGAAGAAACGCUUUCGCCUUGAAUUAUGACUCUGUGGUUCAAAGAAUAUAUCAAAGCUUUCCGCAAGAUUGGCUAAGAUUAGGUUGUGAAGUCAAAUCGAUUACACGAGAACCGUCACGGAACGUGAUAGUGAAUUGUGGAGAUGGCACCGUAUACAAUGCUGAUUAUACCAUUAUCACAGUCCCCCAAAGUGUAUUAAAUUUAUCUGUAUCACCUUCUGGAGAUUCACGAGGUAGAAUACAGUUUCAACCAGCCCUUCAACCAGUAAUUAAAGAGGCAUUCAAGAAAAUUCACUUUGGGGCGUUAGGAAAAGUCAUCUUUGAGUUUGAAAAAUGUUGUUGGUCGAAAGAAAGCUCCAAGAUUGUGACUUUGGCCAACUCUACCGAUGAGUUUGUCAGAAUAGUACGUAAUGUUAAAAAUUUAGAUGAACUGGACUCUAUGCUGAAAAAAAAAGGGCCUAAGGAACAUAACAAUAUUACUUGUUGGGAUCAACCGUUGCUCUUCGUGAAUCUAUCAAAAAGCACAGGCGUGGCAAGUUUUAUGAUGCUAAUGCAGGCACCGCUGACAAAUUUUAUUGAAUCUAUUAGAGAAGAUAAAGAACGGAUUUUCAAAUUUUUUCAACCUGUGUUGAACAAAAUCAUGAAAUGUCUAGAUUCCGAAGAUGUACUUGAUGGAAUGAAUUCGUUAGAAAACCACACAGCCGCUAAUAAACCAGUUUUGAAAAACGUUAUUGUCAGUAGUUGGACACGUGAUCCUUAUUCACGCGGAGCUUAUUCGGCAUGUUUUCCAGGAGAUGAUCCUGUUGAUAUGGUCGUAGCCAUGUCUAAUGGCCAAGACUCCCGUAUAAGAUUUGCAGGGGAACAUACCAUCAUGGAUGGCGCCGGCUGUGCGUAUGGUGCUUGGGAAAGCGGAAGGCGGGAGGCAACUCACAUCUCUGAUUUGCUGCAAUAG